UGAUGUUGAUCUCUGUCCAGAAAUUGCGUUGUAUUCAUUGCUUUCUGACAUAAACUUCCAUUCACUCCUGUCUUUUGUUUACGAAAAAUCAGCUGGCAUUAAAAAAAACAUGAAAAUGUUUACUUCUAAUGUAAAGUUUUUAUAAUUUCUCUUCAAUUGAAUAAGUGAAAUUUUCUCCUCUUAAAUUGCAGAAUCAUUUUUGUGAAUUGAACUUUCGAAAUCUUUAAGAAAUAUAAUAAUAAAAAAAGUUUGUCAACUACAUUCGACAAAGAUUUGUCUUUUAAAAAGUGACACUAAAAAUGGAUGUUAAGAGUCUAGAACAUCCGACAUUGAAGGUCCCGUACGAGUUGCUGAACAAGAAAUUUCGUUCAGCACAAAAGACACUGGAUCGAGAGGUGUCUCAUGUCCAGUCAGCGGCGAAUGAAUUGGAAAAGGGAUUAUCCGAGGAUGGGACAAGAGUUCCCACUGGGGAUAUAACAAGUCUUCUGGGCGGAGUUGUUGCCCGGCUUCAAGUCUUAAAACGAAAAGCUGAAGAAUCUAUUGCCGAGGAGCUUCAGGCUGGAAUGGUGUGUAAACGACGUUUGGAUCAUUUGAAAGAUCACUCGAAUACUUCGCCGAGCGCCGUUAAUCAAUGGCGACGACAGAGACUCGAUCGAAUGCUGGUUGAAUAUUUUCUUCGAAAAGGAUAUUAUCAAACUGCAAUGAAAUUGGCUGACGCCAGUGAACUUCGUGACUUGACCAACAUUGAUGUAUUUAUGGUGUCGAAGGAAGUGGAAAAUUCACUGGCGAAUCAUGAGACAGCUCGUUGCUUGGGAUGGUGUCAUGACAAUCGUUCGAAACUUCGAAAAUUGGGCAGUACAAUGGAAUUUAAUUUACGCGUUCAAGAAUUUAUAGAAUUGGUUCGCGCCGAUCGUCGAUUAGACGCUGUGAAACACGCUAGAAAAUGCUUCUCAAAUUACGAUGAUUAUCAAUUGCAGGAGAUUCAAUGCUGCAUGGGACAAUUGGCUUUUCCUGCCAAUCCUUAUCUUAGUCCUUACAAAGAUUUGCUCGACGAAAAACGUUGGGAUAGACUUAUUGAACAGUUCCGUCACGAGAACUAUCGACUCUUUCAACUUGCAAGUCAGAGUGUUUUUACGGUUGCCCUGCAAGCUGGUUUGUCUGCUUUAAAAACACCACAAUGCUAUGGAGGCAAUAAGGAGGGACGAAAUCCAAGUUGUCCAGUUUGUAAUGAAUCUCUCAAUGAAUUGGCGAAUCCAUUGCCAUUCGCUCAUUGCUCUCAAUCGAGACUUGUGUGCAGUAUAAGUGGUACACCUCUUAAUGAAUACAAUCAACCAAUGAUGAUGCCCAAUGGCUAUGUUUAUGGUGAACAAGCUUUGGAAAAAAUGGCUCACGAGAACAAUGGAACGGUAAUCUGUCCCAAAACCAAAGAAGCAUUUGCUUAUAAAAAAAUAGAAAAGGUUUACGUUAUGUAAAAAAAAUGUUAACAUCAGAGCACAAAGUGUAUUAUAUUGUUUCUCUUCUCUCUCUCUCUCUAUAUAUAUAAUAUUAUCCUCUAAUUUAAUAGUAAUGUUUACUUAUAAAAUCUCGAAUAAAAAUAUAUUUUCAGUCAAAA